AUGGACAUGACAACGUGUGCGGCGCGUGGCCCAAGCGUUGGUGGAGGUGUGAGAGACAAGUGGCAUCAAGGCGAGGCACAGGGGCACUGCAAGUGCCGACUCAAUUCUGCUAAUCGGGGAGGCACCAGCCCCGUUAAACCAGAAGGGUCUGCCAGGUUCCUGGGAGUCUGGUUGGACUGGAAACUCAACUGGAAGGCCCACCUGGUGGCGGUGGAGAAGAAGCUGAGGACCCAGAGCUAUGCCCUGUCGAGGAUCGUGGCAAAGACAUGGGGAAUGGGGCUAGCCAAAGCGCGAGAAGUGUACACAAAGUGCAUCCGGUCGGCGCUGGCCUAUGGCGCAUCAUCGUUUCACAUCCCCACGGAUGUGGGAGGCGAGCCGGUAAAGAAAGGCAUCACUAAGGCCCUCGGGAAGGCCCAGAACAAGAGCUUGCGGAUCGUGGCGGGAGCCUUUAAGUCUACCCCAAUCUGUAACCUCGAGACAGAGACGUGGGUCCCACCAUUGGACUUGUACCUAAACAAACGGCUUGCCGAUUUCGAAAACCGACUCCAACGACCCGAUCUGGACGACGGUCAAGGCGGCAAGAAGACGGCGGCGAGCGUUGUCCUCACCGCCUGCUGCAAGAUACAGCAGAGGCUUAGCUCGAGGAGGGGCAACAGGGGCCGACCGCGAACCUUGGGACCUCAAGGGCCUACGGCGGUGGAGAGAGCCGCGGACACGGUCAUGCGCUGGACGGGGGGAACCGUUGACACGAACAGGGUAGUAGAAGAGGCUUGGAAAGCGAGGUGGUUAAAGGAACGGGACGUCAGGGCAAUCACCAGGCCGGCGGACGACUUUGACCAUCAGCAGGAGACGCUAUUCCGGAACGAAACCCUAAGGAGGCACGACGGUCUCAGCAAGGCGAAGAGCUCACUGCUGAUUCAAAUCCGGACGGGAGCAAUAGGCUUACGGGACUUCUUGUUUACACGGGGAGUCCCGGAGGUUCUGACUCCUGCCUGCGAGUGUGGCGAGGGACGAGAGACUGCCGAACACCUGGUAGUGUGGUGUUUGGCCCCACCGGUGACUCGAAGAUGGGAGAGAACUGGAAUUCGGACACGACGGGACUUUUACUCUGUUCUACACGGCAUCAAUCCCACGACUGCACGGCUCGCGAGGAGAGUUCUCGACUGGCUGAUGGACUCGGGGAAGCUGCCGAUGUACAACUUAGCCAGGAGGCUCGAGCUGGAAGCGGCGGCCUGA